AUGAUUGAAGUAGAGCUCGGGCACUACCAACGAUACGCUGAGCAUGUCCGAGAGAACAAAGUUGCAUCCGGCCAUCGUAUCCAUCCCACUGUUUUCCACCAGUUAUCGCGGCACCGCGGGUCAGCUCCCCUCCUCCCAAACUUGCGCAUAUUGGCUUGUGAAUGUGGGGACGAUCCAGCACUGCAACCCGUCCUCUUUAUCACUCCGACACUACUUCGUGUUACUAUCAAAGGUUUGUCCACUGCGCACGCCGCACAGGACGACCGUUUGGCGACAUUCGUGGAUGCUCUUGCCAUUCACGCACUCUCCCUCGAGUAUUGCGCGAUCGGGGGUGGGCCUAUGCAUCCCAAACUGCUUACUCCCAUGAGAAGGAUGCAACGUCUGCGAUCACUAAAACUAACUCAAUGCACUUUUCUUCCACCGCCGCGCCUCAUGGCUGCGAACGAGCCAGUGGCUCUGAGGAUCUGGCAAUUACUCGCGGACAUUGAAUCACUCUCGAGCCUCGACAUUGACGUGGACAACUUUCGCUCGAUCCCAGCGGCAGCCUUGAAUUGCCCAAAGGCCUGUGCCAAGCUGAAGAGUUUUCGCCUAGUCGGCAAUCUAGAGACAAGUAUGAACAUCAUCAUGAUGUAUGCGCUUCCAGCAUCUGAACUCUCGUCCCUGGCACUCUACUUCCAAGUCUCCCAAGUUGAGAAACACCGACAACUCUUCAGUGUGAUACCUUCGCGAUUCCCACACCUCCGCAAGCUCGAACUCGCUGCAUACCCUGCCCAUUCCUGGAGCACCGGGGAGUGCUCCGGAUUCUCAGACACCCGGGGCCUCGAAGAGGUCGAUUUCACAUUGGCGGAUAUAAUAACGGGACUGGAUGAUCAGGAGUUGGACGAGCUGACUCACCACUGGCGGAAGCUCACUUCGUUUUCGCUAUAUUACAGGACCUCUUCCCAGCAUAAGAGGGUUCCGACAUUGCGAUGGCUUGCAGCGUUCGUGCGGAACUGCCCGAACUUGAUCCACCUCCAGCUUCCGAUUUGUACUCGGAUAGUCCCUUGGGAUCUGCUAGAAGCAUCGAAGCACAGACUGAAAACCAUAAAGCUUCUGGAGUGUCCAGCAGAGGUCAUCAAUACUUCUCAGGUGGCACGAGCUCUCGAGAGCUUAUUCCCUGAGCUAGAUGUGCAUAGAAGAGGAGAGAGCUGGACGCCGAAGCAAUGGAGAGAGGUCUUUCAAACUAUGCAAAAAUUGCGAGCUGCGCAAAUUGCGAUACGGAAGCUAUAG